AAAUGUUGUCAAAUAUUAAUGUACGAUCUUGCACUAUAAAUAGCAGACCUUGUUUUCACCUGCCUUCAUCUUCUACUGUGUUCUCUUCAAACUUCUUUAAAGCAAAAACCAAAAAGCCUUCUCUUUCUGUUUGCAGGUAUUCUUCGAAAUAUAAAUCAAUCUCUUUGUUAGCAUUUCAUAGGAGCGAAAUCCCAUCAACCCUAAGAAAGGAAGAGGAAAAGGAAGCAAUGACGAUCAAACCGGCGGUUCGAAUUUCGGAAAGCAAAUUGGUCGUUAAAGACCGGACGAUAUUGACUGGUGUACCAGACAAUGUUAUGGCAACAUCCGGUUCAAGUUCAGGUCCCGUCGAUGGAGUGUUUCUAGGUGUGGUUUUCGAUCAAGAAAAUAGUAGACAUGUGGUUUCUUUGGGUGCUCUACGUGAUGUCCGGUUCAUGGCUUGUUUCCGGUUUAAGCUAUGGUGGAUGGCUCAAAAGAUGGGAGCUCGAGGGAGAGAUAUUCCUCUAGAGACACAGUUUUUAUUGGUGGAAACUAAAGACGGUUCCCACCUUGAAUCAGACGGUGGAGAUGAAGAGAAUCAGAUUGUAUACACUGUUUUCCUGCCGUUGAUUGAAGGAUCAUUCAGGGCCUGUUUGCAAGGGAAUGCUGACGAUGAGCUUGAACUCUGUUUGGAAAGCGGUGAUGCAGAGACUAAAAGGACAUCGUUUUCUCAUUCCGUGUUCAUCCAUGCUGGGACGGAUCCGUUUAGGACUAUAACGGAGGCUGUUAGAGCCGUCAAGUUGCAUCUGAAGACUUUCCGUCAACGGCAUGAGAAAAAAUUGCCUGGAAUUGUUGAUUAUUUUGGUUGGUGUACCUGGGAUGCCUUCUAUCAAGAAGUUACACAAGAAGGGGUGGAAGCCGGGCUAGAAAGUCUGGCUUCUGGUGGUACCCCACCGAAGUUUGUGAUCAUUGAUGAUGGAUGGCAAUCGGUCGGUGGUGACCCACAAGAGGAAAGCAAUGAUCAAGAUGAGAAGAAAGAAAAUCAGCAACCGUUGCUUAGGUUGACUGGGAUUAAAGAAAAUGCAAAGUUCCAAAAGAAAGAUGAUCCAACAGCGGGGAUUAAGAGCAUAGUGAAUGUAGCAAAGGAAAAACAUGGGCUAAAAUAUGUGUAUGUGUGGCAUGCUAUUACUGGAUAUUGGGGCGGGGUUCGCCCAGAAGUUAAAGAGAUGGAGGAGUAUGGUUCAACGCUGAAGUAUCCGAUGGUGUCAAAGGGGGUGGUGGAGAACGAUCCUACAUGGAAAAACGAUGCCUUGGCGUUGCAGGGAUUAGGGCUGGUGAAUCCAAAAAAUGUGUACAAGUUUUAUAACGAGUUGCAUGGUUAUCUGGCAUCUGCUGGCAUUGAUGGGGUUAAGGUGGAUGUUCAAUGUAUAUUGGAGACACUUGGUGCUGGUUUGGGCGGUAGGGUUCAAUUGACCAGGCAAUACCAUCAAGCCCUUGAUGCUUCUAUCGCAAGGAACUUCCCUGACAAUGGCUGCAUUGCUUGCAUGAGCCAUAAUACUGAUGCUUUGUACUGCUCCAAACAAACGGCAGUGGUGAGAGCAUCGGAUGAUUUCUACCCGCGUGAUCCAGUAUCACACACCAUCCAUAUAGCAGCGGUGGCGUAUAACAGUGUUUUCUUGGGAGAGUUCAUGCAGCCUGAUUGGGACAUGUUCCAUUCUCUUCAUCCAGCUGCUGAAUAUCAUGCUUCUGCUAGGGCUAUUAGUGGUGGACCCAUCUAUGUUAGUGAUGCACCUGGGAAGCACAACUUUGAGCUACUAAAGAAAUUGGUCCUUCCUGAUGGGUCAAUUCUUCGAGCCUGUUUGCCUGGCAGGCCCACCCGUGACUGCUUGUUCUGCGACCCAGCCCGCGACGGUGUUAGCUUAUUGAAAAUAUGGAACAUGAACAAGUUCACAGGGGUCCUAGGAGUCUACAAUUGCCAAGGAGCAGCAUGGAACAACACUGAAAGAAAGAACACGUUCCACCAAACCAAAAACGAGGUACUGACAGGCGCUAUAAGGGGUCGUGAUGUGCACCUCAUCUCUGAAGCUGCCAUGGACCCCAACUGGGAUGGUAACUGUGCUGUUUAUUGUCAUCGGACUGGAGAACUUAUCAACCUCCCAUACAAUGCAGCAUUGCCAAUGUCACUCAAAGUCCUUGAGUAUGACAUAUUUACAGUCACACCCAUCAAGGACUUGGCACCGGGGUUCACCUUUGCACCCCUGGGGCUAAUCAACAUGUUCAAUGCUGGUGGAGCCAUUGAGGGGCUGAAGUAUGAAGUGAAAGGUGGCGCUGAAUUAUCAAAUCUUGAUGAUGGAUACAAGGGUGAAAGUAGUUGUGUGAAUGAACAGAGGGUGGAGAACUAUAGUGAUGAAUUGGUAGGGAAAGUUAGCAUGGAGGUUAAAGGAUGCGGCAAGUUUGGUGCCUACUCAUCUGCUAAGCCAAGGAAGUGCAUUGUGGACGUAAAUGUGGUCGAAUUUGUGUAUGAUUCAGAUUCUGGUUUGGUUAGUCUUAGCUUGGAUAGCUUGCCUGAGGAGGGCAAGCUUCAUGUAGUUGAGAUUGAGUUAUAGAAGAAUUUUUGUUAGAAUAGAGUCGGGCUGGACUGGUGUUGGUUUGGGUACUGGUGUACUUAUUGUACGUGCGUGCCAUGGAUCCCCUCUACUUUGUUCCCUUUGUGGUUUGCUAGUUAAUGUAAUCAUGCAAGGAAUUGAAGGGGGAAGGAUUAAAUAAGAUCUCUGCCAUCUACUUGGUUGAUCAA